CCAAAAUACAAACCCAACAAAACUUUAAACCCCAGCAGCGUGAACGAUAGCUAGUUCAACACUCUCAGGGUUUUUGCGUUUUCUUUCUUCCCCGCUGUCAAACGAAGCAACCGUGUUAAAUUUGUUGGGUUCAUAAAGCCAUGGCAAAGAAAGGAAGGAGUCAAAAGAAAGACGGUAGCAGCAGAAGCAGUAAGAGAAAAACCCGUGGUGAAUAUGUUGACCCACAAGACAUGGAUGAUGAUAUUGAUUCCUUUCACAAACAGAGGGAUAUUAUUCGGCUUGAUGUAGAUGGUGAUGUUGGGGAAUUAAGUGACGACGAGGAAGAACCUAUUUUUGAUGAUGAGGCUAUUAACAAUGAUGAGGAUGAAGACGAUGACGACUCCCAAGAUACUGGAUUGGCUGCGAAAAUUAUAAAGCAGCAAAAGUUCUUAAGAGCAAAGUUUGGAGAUUUUGAUGGUGAAUUGCAAGAUGAAGAAGAAGAUGAGGAAGGAGCACAAAAUAUUUUAUGGAGUGGGAACAGGAGCCAUGAUUAUCAUGGUGGUGAUAAUCGUGAUAUCGAGUUAGAUUCAAGUGAUGAGGCCCUAAAGGAAGAGGAGGAUGAGGUAUUGAAAUUACAGAGAGAAAGAGCAAAAAACUUAUCAGUGGAAGACUUUGGCCUUAAAGAUGAUGAAGAUGAAAGUAACAAGGAGCUAACACUAGGGGAAAUCUCAAAUCAAGGAAAAACCGCAAAGAAAGCUCGUUUGAGCAAAGAGGCCAUUGAUGACUUGGGUACAACUUUUGAGCUAAACAAAGAUUUGAAUGAGCUGUCAAGGAAGGAGCAAAUGGAAAUUAUCUCUAGUUCUGCUCCAGAAUUGGUUGGUUUGCUGUCUGAGCUCAAUAGCACGCUUGAAGAGCUUGAAAACAAAGUUAAUCCACUUUUAAAGAAGGUUAAAGUGGGAGGAAUCGUGCUGGAAAGUGGAUUGCGCUAUCUGGAGGUGAAGCAGCUUCUAUUGCUGUCAUAUUGCCAAACUAUUACAUUCUAUCUUCUUCUGAAGUCUGAAGGGCAGCCAGUUCUUGAUCACCCUGUUAUAGCUCGCCUUGUAGAGAUCAGGGGCUUAUUGGACAAGAUGAAGCAACUCGACGAGAAUCUACCAUCAGAACUCGAUGAGUUUCUGAAGAAAAACCCAGGGAUGCAGACAAUUGAAAGCUUAGAUAGAGAAGGUGAUGGACCUGCUUUGACAUCUCAGUCUGUCACAAGGGACCAUGAAUUGUCUCUUCUCUCAGCUGAUACACAAGAACCAGCAGAGCUUUGUGAUGCAAUUGAGCUGCUGAAAACAGAGUCUUUAACAGGUAGCAAUAGCAAAGAAGGGAAACACAAGCGUAAGAAUGAUGAAGUUGGUGUACAAAGUAUGGAAAUGUUGAAAGUAAGAGCUGCCCUGGAGGAAAAAUUGAAGCAGAAGGGAGCCUUUAGUUCCUUUUCUUCAAAGCCUGAUAAAGCUCAGAAGCAUCGAAGACCAGUCAAUGGACGGCUUGAAAGCCAUGAAGACUAUGAUGACGAUGCCGUAGAUGAUGAGAAGGGCAAUCAUAGAUUGAGUAAUGAGCAUACAAGCUUGUUGGGAUCGAAGAAACUUUCCAAACUUGUUAUUUCCAAACAGAAUAAGCCAAAGGUUGUUUCUGGUGAUGAUGAUUUGCCUAUGAGAGAUGAUAUUGGAGAGAGGAGGAGGAAGCACGAACUUAGAGUGUUGGCAGAUGCUGGAGUUAAGACUGAGGAUGAUGCUGGAAUUAGGACCGAGGAUGAUGCUGGAAUUACGUCUGAGGAUGACCUUGCAAUUGAGUCUGACAAAAAUGAUGAUAUGGAUGAAGAUGCUGAAUCCUCAGAAGAUGAUUUGUACGAACAAGUGAAGCAAAAACGAGCAGCCAAACUCGCUGCCAAAGCUGAGAUUUACACAAGGACCUCAGCACCCCCAUCCAUGCCUGAAACUGUUGAUGGAAAACGUCAUAUCACUUAUCAGAUAGAGAAGAACAGAGGGCUAACACGUCCGCGCAACAAGUUGACAAAAAAUCCAAGGAAGAAAUACAGGACAAAGCAUGAUAAAGCACAAAAGCGGCGACUAGGGCAAGUGCGCCAGAUCAAGAAACCUUCUGGUCCUUAUGGUGGUGAAAGCUCUGGAAUCAACGCAAGAAUUAGUCGAAGCAUCAGACUCUGAAACUAAGCACUGUGUUCUUUUGUCUGAAACUAAGCACUGUGUUCUUUUGUACCAUGGAAGUGUUGAGUUUAAAAUUUUAAUAUAAGACAAAUUUCCUCCUGAAAACUGCUUGACUUGAUGAUUCAAGCUUUACAUGUUUGAAAGCCAGAAUUUCGAGCAUAAAAUCUGAGAAACUUUCCCUUAGUCUUCGUGAAGACGAGACAUUGCUAAAACAAAAACAAGGGAUUGCUGUUGAUUUGUUUCAAAUUCCUCGGACAUGUAAUUUAUUUAUUUUUCCUCAAUCUUAGAUUUGGUGGAAAAUCUGCCAUUUCCUUCUUCUAA